GUAGAGAUGACAUCGAUUUCUCACGUAGCGAAUUUCGGUGCGCGGUUUUGCAAUGAACUGGAGAACAACAAAAACUACAUCUGCUCUCCUCUGUCCGUGGAGACGGUGCUGGCACUAGUGGCCCUCGGCAGCAGCAACGAAUCUCGCGCAGAAAUCUUCAAGGCCCUGGACAUCCCUAAUGAAGACUAUCUCUUUUCCACGUUCAAAUCCCUGACAACAACUCUAUCUUCGAAGCAUUCAAAACAUGAAACAUCCAACGAUGUUACGUUAAAAAUCGCGAACAAGAUCUACGUGAAACAGGGGGCAGCACUAAAGGCGACCCUUAAGAAAGACGCAGAAGAAAUCUUCCAUGCCAGUUUGGAACAAAUAGAUUUUUCCCAAAGUAAUAAUGCUGCGAAUGCCAUUAAUAGAUGGGUGCUAAAUCAAACCAACAACACAAUUAGAGACAUUGUUUCUGCCGACAUGCUCGAUAAAGACACACGACUUGUACUCAUCAACGCCAUCUACUUCCACGCUUUCUGGGAGUAUCAAUUUGAGGCCAACGAUACAUAUACCAGAGUCUUUCACGUCAAUAAAUCCAAGAAAAUCGAUAUUAAACAGAUGAGUUUACAGGGCAAACCUUAUAAUUACAAGCACAGUCCGGAGUUAAAGGCUAAGAUAUUGCAGAUGUUUUACGUUGGAGGUAAAGCCAGUAUGGUGAUAGUUCUGCCAGAUGAAAUCGAAGGUCUGAGUGACGUGAUGAAACAACUGGUAACCGGGUAUGAUCUGAUGGCAGAGGUCAACAGUCUAAAAAAGAAACCACUUCAAGUAAUCAUGCCUAAGUUUAAAAUUGAAUCUGAGAUCAAUCUGAAGAAGCUGUUACCUAAGAUGGGUAUCGAAGCAAUUUUUGAUCCAAACAAAUCGGAAGUCAACAUGUUGUCAAGUAAUGAUCGACAAUUUGUGUCCGAAGCCAUUCAGAAAGCUUUCAUAGCGGUGGAUGAACUGGGCACGGAAGCAGCGGCAGCCUCAAUUAUGGUGCUUCAAGACUGUUGCGAAAGUUUUUGGUCCGGCGAAACGUUCAAAGCGGACCAUCCCUUCUUGUAUCUACUCACGGUUCACGGGAUCCCUAUAUUUUAUGGAAUUUUUCAUGGAACAGAAAAUACAGAACAUACCAAAGAACUUUAAUCACAAUAAAGUACAAACAAAAUUUGCAAAUAGAGUAGGUACUUUAGAGUUAAAUACUUUGCUCGAUUAUUGGAUAAAAUUGAUAAACUAAGAUUAUUUUCUCACCUUUUAGCACUGGUAAGUGGUAACUAAAAAAAAUUGCUGAAAACGAUUGAAAACAGAAGAGGAAACGUGUUGAGGCACCUUAUACGGUACGAUAUUAUACAUACAUAAAAUAAAUACUAUAAUUGAAUGAAGAAAGAAUAGAAAAAAAGAGAGGCACAGAAGAAGGCCGAGACGUGCGUUUUUGGACCAAGCGUAUUCAGGAACUCAAAACAGUGGCAGAGAGAAGAACGGAAUGGCGAUUACUCCACGGACAAGAGCCAGGCUCUUAAAAUUAUGAUGAUGAUGAUGACCACUGGUAACAACUUGAUGGUAACUAUUGGAAAUAACCUGUAGUGCCGUUACAGGUUGUUGAAGAAAUAUAUAAGUGCUUUGAUAUUGACUGUACCUAGUUAUAUGAAACCUAUCGCGUUGUAUGAAAACAAUCAUGGAGGGUUACUCUCAAGCCCGUUAUGAAUAAUAGGUGUGUUAUUAAUUAUCACGGCUAUGCCGGAUAUCCGCCUUAUCCUUGUAAGGACAACAAAGACAGUUUCACUAAAGGGCUCGUUGAUCGUAGUGGAUUAAUUUCAAAUGC